AUGGACAUGGAAUCUUCUAGCAAAAUGGAUUCUUCUUUUCAAUUUUGUCAUCCUGAAUCGACUACGGAUGCUACAAAGAAGCGGUUUCGAUUCUCGUUAAUGAAUGACGACGGUCUUACUACGCUUGCAGAGACCAAGAGACCACGAGGAAGAUCUCGCGUUCCUGACAAAGCAGUACUCUCCACGACACACGAGCUUCGUUUGCUGCGAUCACAAGUAGCAUCCAUGGAAGAAGAACUUCGUAGGCUGCAAUCCAAGUGGAACGAACAUUUACCUGAUAAACGCAUCUUGGCUACAGCUCAGCAUUCAGCUCGCAAGAAACGCGCAGUGGCUCAGAUACAAGGAACACAAAUGGAAUUACAAGAGAUGAUUCUACAACAGCAACUGAUGUUUGCGACGCUACAGACAGCCGUUUUCCGUGCACCAUUGCACUCAUGUGGUCAGGAGAUUUUGAAUUCGCUGCAUUUGGACACACAUUUCGGACACGAUGCAGUAGAGCGCAGCAAGACGCUCAUUGCCCACACCGAACGCUCGCUUGCGACAGUGCCUUCAGCCGUUAAGCGUUUUACGACAAUGGCACUGAAUAAAAUGAUCGCACUUCAAGACAAAGAAGGCCGUAGCGACAAACCAAUGCUCCCACUAUCUCAGAUUGAUGUCACCGGUUGCAAGGAUGGCACGCUCGUGACCAGUGUUUAUAUGUCAGAGAUCCCGCACCAUUCACUAGAGAAUGUAUACGCGGCAGUGGUGGCGUAUCACGACAACAUCGAAGUCGUAAUGAAACGUCACUUUGGCAUUCAUGCAACGCGUACGAGGCUCAACAGCCAUGAUUCACCAACAGCUUACUGGCGGCUAAAUUUUGAAGGGGUUGGAAUACCAAUAACGGUGAAUCAUAUCUUGUGCUCGGAACUAACACCAUCGCACGGAGUGAUACACAUGGACGCAGUCCUGCAUGACCCGCUGUAUCCAGAAUCGCGAAAUAGCAAAUUGCAGUUUGGCAUCUCGGGGCUUACCUUAACGCCGCGAAAGGAUCAUGUGACGGGUAAAGUUGUGGCUGUUACCCUGCGAUGGAUGGUUUUGUACCGCUACAAGAUGUUGCCGGACGAUCCGGCACUACGGAAGGACUUAGACUUGAUUCGUCCCAUUUUAAACGGUGAUUUGAUCACUGCUUCAGUGUGCACGUACCUUCAAGAACUGCAUCAACGGAAAUAA